UACAAAUUCCAAAAGUCAAGAAGUGGACGCCAGCGAGCGAGCACGAGGCAGGACCUUCGCAGCGAGCGAGAAAAGGAUCCAGAGAGCUGAUCAACGGGAAACAGGGUGACAUGUGGAGUCCGACGCACUGCAGUGUAACGGUGCAGCGAGCGCGGGGGCUGCACACCAAGGGCAAGAAUGGCACCAACAACUGCUUCGUCACCAUUGCGCUGGGCAAGGAGAAGUACCAGACGUCCGUCAAGGACAAGGCCGAGACGAGCGUCAACUGGAAUGAGGAGUGCGAGCUGAAAAUCCCCGACCAGGGCAAUCGCGCUGAGCUCACCUUGACCUGCCUGCACAGGAACAAUCUGGGCAUCGACGAGUUCCUGGGCCAGGCCUCGCUGCCAGUCAACGAGAUGGAUGUGUACGACCGGCCACGCGCCAAGUGGUUCAAGCUGGAGAGCAAGCCCGGCAAGGAGAAGAAGAACAAGGAGCGCGGCGAGCUGGAGGUGCGUAUCGCCUUCGUGGUCAAGUCCGGCUCGCUGACCGACCUCAGCAAGAAGGACAAGCACAAGUCUUCCAUUGGCCAGCUGGCCAGCUCCGUGGGCGGCAGCCUGCUGUCCAUCGGCAACGGCGAGAAGCGGCGCAGCAUCAGGAAGCUGGCUGGGUCGAUUAGCUCCAAGCUGCACAUCGGCGGCAGGAAGAAGCACCCGGAGGCGGGGGGCGAUGACAGAAGCUCCUUCGGCGGCUCCUUUGCCAGCCUGGGCACGCCCAACAGCUCCAACGGCAGGGGCCAGAACGGCGGCAGUGGGCGACGACGUGGCGGACAGCGGGCGGGCGAGGCCGAUCCCGGUGUGAUCAGCGAAGACGAGGACGAGUUCGUGUUCGACAACCUUUCACACAAGAGCUCGGGCAGCUCGCUCAACAUCCAACGCACCGGCCUUCAGCCGCCUUCAGUCGGAACGCCCAACUUCGCGCCGCGCCACCCAUCGCCCCUGCUGAACAAAGGAUUGGCCGGCGUCAGAAGCGGUAGCGGGAAAGAUAAAUACAACAACGACAAUGAGAGCAACUCCCCUAGUCCCAAGUCCACGGAGCGCAUAAUUAUUGGCCACGAGAAGUCUGGAUCACAUGCGGAGCGACGCUCGGAGAUAUCUGCCCAGCUGGCCAAGAAAUACGAGAGCAAGUCCCGGGAGGAACUAAUGCUAAUUGCCAACGGAAUGAUGCUGCAACGGCAGCGCGUGAAGGAGUUGGAGGACUACUUGGACAACCUGCUGCUGCGCGUGAUGGAGACGCACCCGAAGAUCUUGCAGAACCCCUAUUCACGCACCACGUCCGCCAAGAGUUAUAAAAAUUACAUCAAUAUGAAUGACUUUCUAAAGUAAGUGCUGCGCGCAUGUUGCAACUUGCAUUUAAGUAGAAACUUAACCAACAAACCCCCAACAACAACAUCACCAACACCACAACCCCCAACGACAACAACUGCGAGACACGAGUAACAAGAACUGAGGCGACUCUGGCUGAAAAAGAGAAGGAACAACUAAGGCGGGAUCGAACGGCUAACUGCAGCCAAACUGGUCAUCGCCACCAACCGGUCCACUUGUCCCAGAACAGUUGGAGGAGAUCGGCGGAGCCUCUGGGUGCAAUUUAUGUGAACGCAUCGAAACACUAAUCCAACACCAUGUUGCCUUUGUCGUGAACAGCGAAAUUCAAGUGUUUUCUAAACCGUAUUGCUAAGAAGGGGAGACUAAAUGUACACACAGAGCAUACCUUGCUUGAGGAGUGCAAUGUUUUAUUGAUAUUUUCGUAGCAUCCGUCGUUUUAUGUUUGCCCUUUACUAAAUCGAACUAAAUUAAUUGUACUAUAUACAACUAUAUUGUGCCUGGCAGUGCUAGGCCAUUGAUUUGCCUUGAUUCGAGUCCCUUGUCGAUUGAUUGAAAUUAUCCAAGAGUAUUUUGUUUAUUUUUUUGUAUGUCCGUUUUUUUGUAACAUUGUGCAAAGAAGAGAUUUAAAAUUUUUGUAAAGUGCUGCGUGGAAAGUGGCCUUAGUGGAAUAAGUUUUAAAUUAUUUAUGUUUUAGCGGCUAAGCGAAAGGGGGGAGGGGGGCCGUCCUGUGUCCCCCGCGAAAACACCACACACAGUUGAAAUAUGUUGAUACUACAAUGAUUUUACUUAUUGAUAUACACGCAAACGGAAUAAAACCAUUUUUAACAU